AACCCCCCGCCACCCCUGGGCCGCUGGAGUUUGGGGCCACUCGGGUCUGCAGCCCAAAUCCCGCCUCCUUGUUUGGGGCCAGGGAGGGCAGGGAGGGCUUGGGAAGAGGGCCCGGCAGGAGGUAAUUGUUGCUUUUGCAAGGGGAAGAAUGGCUUGCGCCCUGGGGACUCUGGGAAAAAGGCCCACUCGGGUGGCGCGGAUUGGAUCUCCCCACGAACCUAAUAAUGGUGGUGGCGGAACUAAACACGUCAUAAAUAACGGGUGGGACGUUAGGCGGGGGAGGGGCGCGCGGUUGCUAACGGUGAGCCCUCGCGUCGGCGCUGGCAUAGCGGUUCGGUUCGGCUCUGAAGGAGGAUGUGGCUCCGGCUCCUCAGUGGCCUGGGUCACUGCGCCUGGGAGCCGCCGCGUGUUAUGUCCCGGCUGCCCCUUUUGUUGCCACGGCUCUUCCUCACGUGCCAACAACUGUGGCUUUUACUCCUGGCAGUUCAGCCUCCGGAGUGGGCCCGGGACCCCGUCCAGGUGACCCCCAACCCCGCGCGGCUGACCGAGGCUUGGUCUUCAUACACCUCAGACCUCCCUCCCAAAUUGCCCCAUGCCCUUACACCCCUGGCAGAAGCCAGGGGCUUUAAUUACUUGACAUCCUCGUCUCCAGUCCAGAUGUUGGCCCCGCCUCAUCAGGAGUUGACUGAGACUGAGGUUCCAUACCCGGACACGGAUUCGGUUGGAGAGCUGCCUACAGGGCCAGAUCAGUUUGCUGUUCCACAUCAGGAUCGGAAUAACAAGCAAACCCAACAUCAAAAGCUCCCAGAGGAAGUUCCAGUGCUGGAUUGGAAUCAGAAUCAGGCCUUGGUUCUGCCUUCUCGACACAAAAGUAAGAGGAAAAACGUACAUCCAGAUCAGGCUGAAGGUCACCAAUCGUUUAAAAUUCUUGUUCCACCUGUAGGUAGUAAGAGCUCAAAACCAGUGAAGUUUAUUGUUUCACCCCCAAACCUGAAGAAAGAUCUAGUUCAGCAUCAACGGCUUGCCAAAUUUGUUGGAACUACAGGCCAAUUUGAAGAAAAAGUUCAGGGUCUAGAACAGUUGCAGGGUGAUUAUUUAGAUCCCAGUAUGGAUGCCUUUUAUCCUGAGGAGAGGCUACCUACAGAUUUUCUGGGGAGCCCAGAUGAACCUCCAGAGCCCCCUGAGGAAGCUGAAAUUUCUCCAUCCCAGCAGGAGGCCCACACUCGUCAUCCAGAGCGCACUGAGGAGGCUGAAUCUUUACCCCAGCACGAGGCCCCUGCUCAGCAUCCACAGACCCCUGAGGAGGUUGAAUCUUUUUCACCCCAGGCAGAGGCCCGGGCUCAGCCUCCAGAGCCCGCUGAAGAGGUAGAGCCACCUCCACUUCAGCAGGAGGCUCCAUCUCAGCCUUCAGAGGCCCCUGAGGAACUAGAAACUUCAAGUCCUCAGGAGGCCCUAGCCCAGGCUUUGGAGACACUUAAGGAGGUUGUAGUUCAACCAGUAGCACAUCAUGGGGUAAAUGAAGCUCAGCAGUCAAAUUUGUACCAUGUCACUGUUAAACCUCUGGAUCUGGCACUUACCAUAACUCCACAGGUCACUAAAGAGGUUGAACCUUCUCCAGUCCAGCAGGAGACGCCAUCUCAGCCUCCAGAGAGCCCUGAGGAGGUUGAACCUCCGCCAGUCCAGCAGCGGGCCCCAUCUCAGCCUCCAGAGCUCCCUGAGGAGGUUGAACCUUCUCUACUCCAUCAAGAGGCCCCAACUGAGACUCCAGGGUUCCCUACUGAGUAUGUACUUCAAAUUCCAGUGAGUGAUGAGGUAGCAUCUCUACCUGGCGUUCAGCGUCACGCUCAUUCAAACUUGCCCAGUGUUACACUUCAACCUCUGGAUUUGGAACUUACCAUCACUCCAGAGCCCACUACGGAAGCUGAACUUCCUACAGCUCAGCAGGAGGCCCUGGCUCCACCUCUUGAGCAUCCUGAGGAGAGAGAAUCUUCUCCAACCCAACAAGAGACCUUAGCUAAGCCUCCAGAGCCUCCUGGAGAGGUUGAGCCUUCACGUGAGCGGGAGCAACCAGCUCCGCCUCCAGAGCCUUCUUCAGGGGAGGUGGAACCUUCUCCAACUCAACAGGAACAGCCAGCUCAACCUCCAGAGCAUCUCGAAAUGACAGUUUCACCUCCAAGUCACCAUCAUGCUGAGCAUUCAAACUUAUCCAGUGUCGCUGUCAAACCUGCAGAUGUGGAGCUUACCAUAACAAAAGAACCCACGCCAGAGGUGGGACCUUCUCCAAAUCAGCAGAAGCCUUCAGCUCAGGCCUCAGUGCCCCUUACUAAUGCAGAAUUUUCUACAACCCAGCAUGAGGCCCCCACGCUGCCUUCACAGCCACCUGAGGAGGUUGAACCUUUGCCAGUUCAACAGGAGGCUUCAGCCCAAUCUCCAGAAGCCGGUCCACAUAACAAACCUUCAGUACAAGAGGAGACCCCAGCUCAGUAUCCAGAGCAUCCUGGAGAAGAAGUUACACCUGCCACAACCCAGCAGGAGACUCCAGAUCAGCAUCCACAGGCUCCUGAGGUUGUACCUUCUCCACCUCAGCAGGAAGCCAGAGCUCAGCAUCCACAGUCUCCUGGUGAGGUUGAAUCCUCUCCAACUCAGUCUCCAGAGCUCUCUAAUGUGACUGUAGUUUUCUCUCCGGAGCAUCAUGUGACAACAGUUUCUCCUCUAGGUCAGGAUCAAGCUCAGCUUCUGCAGCGGCCCGAUGUCACUGUUAAACCUGUGGGUCUUGCACUUAUCGUAACUCCAGCGUUCACUAAUGAGGUUGAAACUUCUCCACCCCAACAAGAAACCUCGGCUCAGUCUACAGUGUCCCCUGAGCAGUUGGAACCUUUGUCAGUCCAGCAAGAGGUUUCAGAUCAGCAUCCAACCCCCACUGAAAAUGUUGAACCUUUUCCAGUUCAGCAGGGAGCCCCAACUCAACCAACAUACCCCGAGGUGACAUUUCCAAAUCCAGAGCAUGUUCAGGCUCAGCAUCCAACCUUGACUGAGGUCACAAUUCAACCUUUGGACCUUGAACUGACCAUAAGGCCCGAACCCACUAAGGAGGAUGAACCUUCUCCAACCAUGCAGGGGACCUUAACCCAGCCUCCAGAACCACCUAAGGAGGUUUUUGUAGCUCAGCCUCCAGUAUAUCAGAACCCAAUAGUUCCAGCACCAGAUCAGGAUCACACUGAGCCUCCAACAUCACCCAGUGUCAGAGUGCAACCUUUAGACCAGGGGCUUACCACAACUCCAGAACCUACUACAGAGUCUGAACAUUCUACAGCCCUGCAGCAGACUACAGCUCCCCCUCCAAAACACCCUGAGGUGACACUUGCACAGCCAAACCUGACUCAAGUCACAGUUCCACCUGGGGACCUGGGAGUUAACAUAUCUCAGCAACCAAGGCCAUCUGAGACAGUUCCUUCGACUCAGUAUUCGGUACCCACUGGUCUUCCUGGUGUAAAAUAUACCCCAGAAAAGAAGCAGCCAGAACAGAAUGCCACCACAAACAUCAGCAUAUGUGAGCUCUGUACCUGCAAAAAUGAGACACUGUCGUGUGUUGGUCUCAGCCCAAAGCAGAAGCUCCACAGAGUGCGUGAGCCAGAGCCUAACGCCUACAACGGCACCUUCACCAUCAUAAAUUUCCAAGGAAACUCUAUUUCUUACAUUGAUGAAAGUAUAUGGAAGGCAUACCGCUGGACUGAGAAGCUAAUUCUCAGUGAAAAUUAUUUGACUGAAUUACAUAAGGACUCCUUUGAAGGCUUGCUAUCCCUCCGAUAUUUAGAUUUAUCCUGCAAUAAAAUACAGUCUAUCGAAAGACGUACAUUUGAACCACUACCUUUUGUGCAGUUUAUAAAUCUUAGUUGCAAUUUACUCACAGAACUGAGCUUUGGAACGUUUCAGGCCUGGCAUGGAAUGCAGUUUUUACGCAAGUUAAUUCUCAAUCAUAAUCCUUUGACAACAGUUGAAGAUUCUUAUCUUUUUAAAUUGCCAGCAUUAAAAUAUUUAGACAUGGGAACAACACAAGUGGCGCUUACAACAAUUGAAAGCAUCCUCAUGAUGACCCUUGAAUUGGAAAAACUGAUCUUACCUAGCCGUAUGGCCUGCUGCCUCUGCCAAUUUAAAACUACUAUUGAGGUUGUCUGUCAGACAGUCAAGCUGCGUUGUGACAGUGAAUGCCUGACAGACGUCACACGUUGCGACGAAGAAACAUCUCUUGGGAAUGCAGAAGGAUCGUUGAUGAAGGUGUUACAAGCCCGGAAGAAGAACAACAGCACCGAGCUGAUUAUUGAGCCAGAGAGGGCAUCCUCAGAUAAAAGUGCUGUCAGCUUGUCAGGCUUCAUGAAUGAGCAGCUGGACUUUAAAAAUGAAAGUGAUAUUAUCAGUGCACGAAGUUACAUACUGCCUUACAUCUCAGAGGGAAAUCUAGGAGAUGUGGAAUCAACAUUAUUACCAUUCCUUCAACUUCUUUUUUCAAAUACACAAGAUGGAGAUAUGCUCCUGGGCCUUUUGAAAAACAAUACAAGGAGCCCUUCUGUUAAACCUGUACGCAAGAAUUCAACUAAUAAAAAUAAAUUGAGGAAACUCCAUUUUCUGGAAAAUGUGUUAGAUGCAGAAACUCAAGAAAAAUUUGAUGAGGUUAAAAAGGAGGAAAAACCUGCCACGCGUACGCGUUCCAACCUUUUAAGUGCCAUGUUUAAACGCUACCUCUAUCUAAAGAAAUUGGAAACUCCCCAACCACAGAAAGACAGCCCAGCAAAGACUGAGAGUACCGAGGAAAAGCUGCUGAGAGUGAACAGGGUCCUCAAGGGCCCAAGGGGCCUACAGAAAAUGCACCUCCAAGCAGUGGGAGAUGAGAGCGUCAGGAGGAAACAGAAUGCCCAGCCAUCUGUGGCGAGCACUGCCGAAGAAAGAAGGCUCAGGAGGCCAUCCCCAGGAAAGCUGAAACAGCUUCUCAUGGUGCAGAGGCCCAGGAAGCUGGUGGGAAAGUCCUCCAAUGCGGAGUCUUCAUUUAUCAAAGAACACAAGGCAGCAGGCUCCUCUACCCUGAAACAGUACUUCAAGGUCAGGCCGUCUGCCUCCAUCCCUCCAAAAUCCCCAUCUGAGGUUAAAAGCAAAUCAAAAGACUUAUCCAACACUAUACUUGUUUUAGAGGAUGCCAAGGCUAGAGUUAGAAAUAUUAAGGAUUUUGAACUAAUCUCACAUUCUGGGAAAAAAUACAUCUUCCAUAAAAUUAGGACUCAUCGGGUCCAGAGAAAACCCAAAGGCAAAAGGAGUCGAAAGUUCAGAAAGAAAAGUUCACUCAAUAGAAUGAUGCUUGCAAGCCCGCCGUUCUCUGUAGUGAGGAGUCUCAUAAAUUCCCCUCCGCGAGAAGCUGUUUCACCUUCAAGAGAAGUGACUUCUCAGGAAAAUCCUUUUCCAGAAUUAUUUUCUCUUUCAGACCCUUCUACAGAAAACACUACUUCAGAAAACAAUACUGCACAAAAUGUUUCUGAAGAAGUUAUUUCCUCAGGAAACUCUACUCUGCCCGGAGGAACCGGCCCUGAAAACACUACCCAUAAGGAUGUCUCCACUGCACAUUCUGCUGUUGCUGCAGACAACAGUAUGGCACCUGUUCAACACACCAACGAAACACAGUGGGAGCACCACAACACGGGCACUGAAUUAUCCUCUAAGCCCACAGGCUUCACUUUCCCAGGGCUCACAUCCCCGGGUGAUCAAGUUGAAACUCAGCUAAACCAGCAGCUACGGUCCCUCAUCCCCAACAAUGACGUGCGAAGGCUCAUUUCUCGUGUUAUCCAGACUUUGAUAAUAGACUGCUCGGACACCCACGUGCAGCUGGCCUGUGCCAACCUCAUCUCUAGAACAGGCCUCCUGAUGAAGCUUCUCAGCAAGCAGCAGGAAGUAAAGGUGUCCAAAGCGGAAUGGGAUACGGGCCAGUGGAAAAGUGACAACUAUAUCAGUGAGAGCACAGAAGCCCAGAGUGAGCAGAAAGAGCAGGAGUCAAGUGAGCUCACAAAAGAAGUUCCAGGAUAUGGCUAUAACAACAAACUCAUCUUGGCAAUAUCUGUAACUGUAGUAGUGACGAUUUUGGUUACACUUCUCUGUCUCAUUGAGAUUUAUUCUCAUCGAAUUGCAAAAGGGGAAGAUAAGAAAAGAAGCAGAAGGGGCUUUUUUCGAUUUCUGCUGCGUCAGAGAAGCUCAGGGGAAAGUGAGAGUCAGGAGGGCUUUUUCGGGAGAAGGCGGCCACUUUGGCUUAGGGAUAUGUAUAGGCCUCUCAACGCCACACGCAAGGAAAACAUGGCACAAAAGCUACACGACAGGGAGUCUUCUGAUGAGGAUGAGAUGUACUUCUAUAAGGAUGUACCGUAAAUGUAAAAGUCUUGGCAUUAUUCUUCUUACCCCAGGGAAGUCAUCAAAGCCCCAGCAGAGAAGCUUCUGGCUGCAUAUUGGAUUGAUGAAGAGGCGGGUGAGGAAAGUGAGACCGCACACGAGACAGCCACAGAGUGAACCCUGUUCUGCCUCAAGCCACCUGCAAAUUUUGUUUUUUAAUAUCGGCUUCUCAGCAUUGCUUGUAAAAUACUUCUUUUUCUUAUAUUAAAGUGUAUAAAUUCAUAACCAAGUCUAA